AUGGAAUACCAAAAUGAAAGUGAGAAGAAACAAUAUAAUAAGAUUGAUCCCGACAGCGAAAAAAUUAUUGUUGAUUACAUGCAGAAAUGGAUUAACAAAGGAAAAAUUGAACGUAAUCCUUUUGCUCAAAUAAGCAAAUUGAUUCCAUAUAGCGCAAAAAAAAUAUGUCACCACUGGAUGAAUAAAAUGGACCCAAAAUUGCGUUUAGUUAAAGACGUACCCUUCACUCUCCAAGAGAAGGAGUAUAUCGUUGAAUGGGUUGAGGACUAUCUUAACUCUAAUAACAAAAUUAUUUCUUGGAAACUUUUACAGUCAAAAAUGAAAGAAAAAUUUGGAAUAUUACGCUCUCGAAAUGAUUUAAAAAAUAUUUGGUACGUCAAGAAAAGGCAAACGACAAAACGUACGAAAAAUGGUAAUCGUGUUAAUAUUGAGAGUGUCCCUUCUGUUCCUUUUGUCCCUUUAAUUGAAAAUCAUUUCUUCAUGCGUAAUUAUGUUUCUUAUUCUUUACAACCACCAUCAUAUCCUGAAUCAGUAGCAAAUGUUAUGAUCAUGGAAAAUUUUAAUUAUUUUGGAUGUAUUAGUCGUCCUGUAAUUCCUUUAAGCUUAUAG